AUGGCUUUUAAAUGUUCUUGGAGCCUUCUUCUCCCUAAUUAUCCAAAACCCAUUUUUCACUACGUAGGAACCUCCUUUCUUGCAUUACAUCGAAAUAAAUCGAAGCACGAAUCAAACCAAACUGCAGUAGUGAAGUUUACUACAACGUUAAAGCAUCAAGAUGACAGGAGUUUACCCUUCUUGUCAAGAACCACCACUCUAAAGGCUGUUUCCGGUGACCGCGACAAUCCGGUGUCCGAAGAACUGAUUAUCCGACAAGAAAGGGAUCAUCCUGCAAGUUUCUGGAAUGAUGCUUUGUUUUCUGCAAAAAAUCAGGUAGAUGAAACACAAACCAAAGCGGUCAUUGAAAGAUUGAAGGAAGAGGUGAGGAGCAUGGUGAUGAACAAGGAAAGUAAACCAAAGGAUAAGAUGAUUCUCAUCGACACAAUAGAGCGUUUGGGAUUGGCCUAUCACUUUGAGAAAGAGAUCGAGGACCAGAUCGCACAGAUCUUCGAAUCUGAGAUGGAAAAUGAGGAUAAAGACAGUGACCUUUUCACGACUGCACUACAUUUUCGAUUGUUCAGACAACAUGGCUACAAUGCUCCUAGCAGCGUCUUCAAUAAAUUUAAGGAUGACGACGGGACAUUCAAUGAAGCCGUUUCAAAUGACAUCCAGGGUUUGCUGAGCUUGUAUGAAGCAACUUAUCUAAGGUAUCCGGGAGAAGACAUCUUAAAGAAUGCCAAUGUCUUCGCAACUUGUAAUCUAAACCAAGCUUUGCCGCUAUUGGAACCUCCUCUUAAAGAGAAAGUAGCUCGAGCUCUAAUCCAACCACUUCAAUGGUGUGUUCCAAGAGUCGAAGCACAUUAUUAUAUAUCAGUCUACGCAAAGGAAGAGUCCAAGAAUGAGUUGCUCUUAAAACUAGCUAAAUUAGAUUUCAACUUGGUACAGAAUCUAUAUAGAGAAGAGCUAUGCGAAUUCAUGAAGUGGUAUAAAGGCUUGGACCUCAAGUCGAAACUUCCAUAUGCAAGAGACUGGCCAGUGGAAAUGUAUUUUUUUGGUACAGAAUUCACUUUUGAACCUCAAUACUCACUUGCACGAUCUUUUGCUGCAAAGAGCUUUAUCCUAAUGGGACUCAUAAACGAUACGAGUGAUAGUUACGCGACAUAUGAAGAAACAAAAAUUUUCUUGGAGGUUCUGCAAGAACGGUGGGAUAUCAAAAAAAUAGACAGACUUCCACAUUAUAUGCAGAUUGUUUACAAACUUGUCUUGAGUGCAUAUGAAGAGUUUGAUCAAGAAAUGUCCAAACAAGGCAGAAGUUUCGCAGUUUCUUAUGCAAUAGAAGAACUGAAAAUGCUUGUUAGAAGUUACCUUACAAGAGCCAAGUGGUGUAUGGGGCUCGAGACACCAACAUUUCAAGAGAGUAUUUCCAUUGCUUGCGUAGACAGUGCAGCCCCGGGAGUAUUUUCAUCGUGCAUAAUGGGCAUGGAAUUUGCCUCAAAGGAAGCAUUCCAAUGGCUUAUGAGGAGGCCUAAAAUUGUGGAGGCCACCGGUUUACACACUCGAUUGAGUAAUGACAUAGCCAGCUAUGAACGCGAGCACAAUGCAAGUGGAUUUCCAUCUUCAUCAAUUGAUUUCUACAUGAAAGAUUAUGGUGUAUCAAAAGAAGAAGCAAUGGGUAAGGUUCGUGAGCUCGCCGAGGAUGCAAGGAUGGAAAUAAAUAGGGAAUGGGUUUCAACAAAGGGUGUCCCCAGGGAGUUUCUGAAGCUUGCACUAAACUAUGCACGGUUUACAUUCCUAUGCUACAAUCAAGGCACAGAUGCUGUUACAUAUUCAAAAACAGGGAUAAAGAGCUACAUAGAAGCAGUGAUAUUCAAUCCCAUAGAAAUUGAUGAAUGA